GAGUUACCUCCCUUUAUCAAAGCGGAAGUGUCUCCAUAUUUAUAAUAAUUUUAUCGGAAUUCGUUCUAAUUUACGUAUAGAAAUGUUACGGUCCUAAUUGAGAAGAAGUGCACACUUUCAGAAGAUAGUUCUUAGAGGCACACCAAGCGCGAUGUCUGUGGGGGCGGGUGAGAAGAUCACCCUGACUGAUGCGCUACAGAAUGUGGAUGUGUUGGACGAGCUCCACCUUCCGGACCAGCAGCCAUGUAUCGAGGCCAUGCCGCAGUCCGUGCACUACCGUGCAGACUUCGACACCAACUUCGAGGACAGAAACGCCUAUGUUACCGGUGUGGCCAAGUACAUUGAAGAGGCCACAGUUCAUGCUGAUCUGAACAAGCUGCUUGAGGAGGGGCAGGAGUAUGCCGCCAUGUUGUACACCUGGAGGUGCUGCUCCCGUGCACUGCCACAGGUGAAGAGCAAUGACCAGCAAAAUCGUACACAGAUUUACCAGAAGAUUGUGGAGGUUCUAGAGCCACAGGUGUCUCGACUGACCGAUUUCAUGCACUUCCAGAAAAGAGCUAUUGAGCGAUUUUCUGAUGAGGUUCGUCGUUUGUGCCACAAAGAAAAGAAGAAUGAUUUUGUGUCUGAGGCGUAUCUGCUGACACUUGGGAAGUUCAUUAACAUGUUUGCUGAACUGGACGAGCUGAAGAACAUGAAGGCUAGUGUGAAGAAUGACUACUCAGCAUACAGGAGAGCUGCUCAGUUCCUCAAGGUUAUGGCCGACCCAAAUGUUCUACAGGAGUCUCAGAACCUAUCCAUCAACUUGGCCACCCAGAACAAGAUCCGGUCCACAGUGAAGGAGAACUUAGCCCAGAUCCCCGGCCAUGAAGACCUGCUGGCAGACAUCGUCAACCUGUGUCUGCAGCUGUAUGAAGCUCAGAUGUUCCUGGAGCCCAGUGAGAAGUACAUGCUGGUCAAGGUAAUGGCAUUUGGGCUGUUUUUGAUGAACUCCAAAGAAGGCAUCAAUAUCUACAAGAUGGAUGCCAAGAAGAGAAUCAACAUCAGCAAGAUAGACAAGAUCCUGAAGCAACUGGAGGUUGUGCCUCUGUAUGGAGACAUGCAGAUAGCUCCAUUCCACUUCAUCAAGAACGCAGCGGUGUUCGAGCCGUCCAAGUGGCCGUGCUGUGAGUCGAGCCAGCCCAGCCCGCAGUCCAACCUGCUGGUCAACCUGGAGGCUAUCCGAGAAGACCACAUGCAGUUCAUCAGCCAGCUGUCCCGCCACAGCAACGAGGCCAUCACUACCACCAGGGAGAGUCCGCGGAAUGACGCGGAGAACAAGGAACUGACGGACCUGGCGCUCCGCGGACUGCAGCUGCUCUCAGCCUGGACACAGCAGGUCAUGGAACUGUAUUCCUGGAAGCUGCUGAAUCCGACUGAUCCUCGUCAGAAUCCACUGUGUCCACAAGAUGCAGAAGAGUAUGAGAGGUCCACCCGGUACAACUACAGCAAGGAGGAGAAGUUUGCCCUGAUUGAAGUGAUUGCCAUGAUCAAAGGGCUGCAACUCCUCAUGGCCCGGAUGGAGUCGGUGUUCAUGGACGCCAUACGGCGCCACAUCUAUACCGAGUUGCAGGACUUUGUUCAGCUGGUACUCAGGGAGCCACUGAGGAAGUCCAUCAAGAAGAAAAAUGAUGUCAUUAAAGUUAUCAUCAUGUCGGUGAGAGACACAUGUGCCGAUUGGCUGAGAGGUGUGGAGCCCCAGGAUGACCCCGCCAUGCGGGGAAAGAAGGACCCUGACGACGGCUUCCACAUCAAAGUCCCGAGGAGGAAUGUUGGACCCUCAACGACACAGCUGUACAUGGUUCGGACCAUGCUGGAGUCUCUGAUCGCAGACAAGAGUGGCGGCAAGAAGACGCUGAGGAAGGACAUCGACAUCCAGCACCUGCAGGCCAUUGACAACUUCCACAAGACUUCCUUCUUCUGGAACUACGUGCUCAACUUCAACGAGUCGCUGUUCAACUGCUGCGACUUGUCCCAACUGUGGUACCGAGAAUUCUUCCUGGAGCUCACCAUGGGCAAGAGAAUACAGUUCCCGAUUGAGAUGUCGAUGCCCUGGAUCCUCACCGACCACAUCCUGGAGACCAAGGAACCUUCCAUGAUGGAGUACAUCCUGUACCCCCUGGACUUGUACAACGACUCCGCCCACUACGCCCUGACCAAGUUCCGGAAACAGUACCUGUAUGAUGAGGUGGAGGCUGAGGUGAAUCUGUGUUUUGAUCAAUUUGUGUACAAGUUGAGUGACCAAAUCUUCGCCUACUACAAGCAUCUUGCAGGAAGCAUCAUGCUGGACAAGCGGUUCCGAGCCGAGUGUGCCAGUCAGGGCGCCAAGAUCUUCUACCCAGUGGCCAACCGCUACUCCACGCUGCUCAAACAGAGACACGUCCAGAUUCUGGGUCGUUCGUUUGACUUGAACCGUCUGGUGAGUCAGCGACUGAAUGCAGCGCUACAGAAGGCCCUGGAUGUUGCCAUCUCACGAUUUGAGUCCCAGGACAUCACCGGUGUCAUGGAACUAGAGGGCUUGAUAGAGGUCAACCGCCUGUGUCACAAACUCCUGUCCGAACUGGUCGUACUCAACAAUUUUGAUGCCAUGUUGAGCGAGGCCAACCACAAUGUGUCCGCUCCUUAUGGGCGGAUAACUCUGCAUGUCUUCUGGGAACUCAACUACGAUUUCCUGCCCAACUAUUGUUACAAUGCAGCCACAAACAGGUUUGUGAAGACUCGACUGCCGUUUGUGACGGACGCCAAGCGAGACAAGCCCCUCAACCCUUCACAGUAUUACAUCUGGGGCACCAAGGUGCUGAACACUUCCUACACCACCAUCUACAGCCUGUACACAGGGUUCAUUGGUCCACCCCACUUCCGAGCAAUCUGCCGGCUCCUCGGCUACCAGGGCAUUGCUGUUGUCAUCGAAGAACUACUCAAAACCGUCGAGGGCUUUCUGAAGGAGACGACGAUGGAGUAUGUGCGGACACUGAUGAGGGUGAUGCCAGAGAGUUGCAAGCUGCUCAGAUACGACUACGGGUCUCCAGGUGUGAUGGGGUACUACCAGGCCCAGCUGACAGACCUGAUUCAGUAUCCUGACUUGAGGACAGAGGUGUUCCAGAGCUUCAGGGAGAUGGGCAAUGCCAUUCUGUUCACUUUGCUGGUGGAACAGGCUCUGACCCAGGAGGAAGUGUGUGACUUGAAGCAUGCGGCUCCCUUCCAGAACAUCAUCCCAAAGCCAUUCAUCCACGUCAAAGAUGCAGAUAAUCGGAAGAAUCGUGAUGAGGAGCUGAAACAAGUGAUGAAACAGUUGGAGAAGAAGUAUGCAGCGCUUCAGAUUGUGUCCGUCAUCAAGAAACUUGGCAACCAGACGCAAGCCGACAUCGCUGCGGAGGGUGACCUGCUGACUCGAGAACGCCUGUGCUGUGGACUGUCCAUGUUUGAGGUCGUCCUCAACCGCAUCAAGUCCUUCCUCAAUGAGCCACUGUGGCACGGCAUGCCGCCCGUCAACGGUGUCAUGAACGUGGACAAGUGUACCGAGUUCCACCGCCUAUGGUCAGCAGUACAGUUUGUGUUCUGUAUGCCCGUCGGAGAGAAUGAAUUCACUGUGGAAGAGCUGUUCGGUGAGGGACUGAACUGGGCGGGAUGUACUCUGAUCAUGUUGCUAGGGCAACAGCGGAGGUUCGAGUGCCUGGACUUCUGCUAUCACAUACUGCGAGUCAACCGAGUGGACAUGAAGGAUGAAAAUGUCAAGGGCAUUCAACUGAAGAGAAUGGUGGAUCGCAUCCGCAAGUUCCAGAUCCUCAACAACCAGAUUUUCUCCGUUCUCAACAAAUACAUGAAGACAAGUGACACGGAGAGUAUGCCGGUGGAGCACGUCCGCUGCUUCCCUCCCCCCAUUCACCAGUCUCUCGCUACUACCAUCUGAAGCACUGGGGAGCCUAGUGGGUUAAGCGUUAGCUCGUCAUCGAAUAGGGUUUGAAGCCCAUUCUGGUGGUCCAGCUGUGAUAUAGCUGGACUGUUACUGAAAGCAGCAUGGAAGUAAACCCCUUACUGACACUGUUGCAUAGUAUAUACUACAGGUAGAUAGCACAGGCUUCAUUUUCUGGGUCUCUGAACAGUCGGUACUUCCUUAUGUCCAAUAUUAGCAAAGAAACCUGUGUAAUAGUUCAUUAAAAUAUGUGUACCUUCAACAUCCAAAUGUGGAAGUCAGUUUCAGUAUUUACAAACUGACCAAAAAAUGUGAAUCUGAGAAAGUUGCUGAUGUUGCAGUUUCUGGGUACAAGAUGCUGAACACAUGGUUAUAGAGAACAAAAAUGUGCCAUAAAUGGUUAAUCAGUGUCAUUUAAUUAAUUGAUUUUAUUAACGGCAAAAUUAUUAAUUACCUGCUUUACCAUGCUUGACAUUGUUUCAUAACCAGAAUUGAAAUCUAUUAUAAAUAAUUGAUAUGACACUAUGACUGCAUCUGCCCCAUGUAGGGAGUGUUCCUGAUGGGUUGGGGAUGUGUAGAGGUACAGCCUAUUGAUCAUCCUGUGCAGAGAGCCAGAGAUCUUUGCAUUCAGUCUCACAAACAUUUUCUUCUAGAACUAAAUGGGUCAGUGAGAUUGUCUACUGGUUUAAACGUUUGCUCAUCACACCGAAGACCCAGGUUCGAUUCCCUACAUGGUACAGUGUGUGAAGCCCAUUUCUGGUGUCCCCUGUCAUAAUAUUGCCCAAAUCAGCGUAAAACCAUACUCAUUCACUCACCCCCAGAAUUAACUAUUGAUAGAGUUGUAAGGUCACAGUGAUGGACUACUGAACUUUAGGCAGAUGCAUAUUUAAUUUGUUCUAUGAAUUUUAUUUUGAAGGAAUAGGGUAUUUUUUCUUUGCAUUUUUUAAGUCAAAAUAGUUUUCCCUCAUUAAAAAUUAUUGUGUAAUAUAUUCCACGUAAUCCCAGUUUUGUACAUCCUCCUUGAAAUCAGGGUUUUGAAGAUAAUAUUCAGCUUAUUAUCUGCCUAGACACUGUGUAACAAUGAUAGUGUCUUAUACUUCUAUUUUAAUUGUUUUUCUUUUGAAUUUGUCCCUAAGAAAUAUGAUGUUAUAGUGAUCAUAUUUGAGUUUUGAUUCCUGGUGAUUUAAGUUACUAUUUUAUCAUGAUUUUAGUUGUCUGAAGUAAAAGUCAACUUGGGCUUGUUAGAUAUGUCUUAAUGAUGUUAAUGACUUGCCAUUUACAGAUCUUCGUCUAUUUCAGAAGUUUAUUUUUAUGACAUGUAUGUGCUUAAUAAUUGCAUUCGUUACCUUUAUUUGUAGCUUGUCUUUGUUUGAGACCCAUGCACAGAUCUGAAAUCAAUGUUGUCUUAGACAUGCCAAAAUAUUUCAUUAAGACAAUAAUCCGCAAAUCAGUGAAGCACAUCCAUGCAUUUGGUUUAUAUUGUUCAGGCUUUGGAUGGAUUAAUUCAUUAAAACAACAGCCGUAAGGGGAGAUUACCCUCACUGUCAUUUGCAUCAUUUAAUAUUGAUAAUUUGCAUAUUACUCUCCAAUGAACUAAGGGAGUUUGUUGGUCAUUCAUCACCAUCAUUUUCUUCUAUUUUAUGUUAUGAUGAUUGCUAUUCAUCUUUAAUCUAAUUGAACUGUAAAAUCUUCAAGUAUAAGGUAUUUGUUUCUUGUAUUUAUUCUUGUAAUUUAUGUACCUUGUUGAUUAGUUCUUCAUCUUCUUGGUGGAGAUGAUGGGCACCUAAUUUGCAGAGCUAUCAGCUUCCUUGUAUCACCUCAUCUUGUCAGUCAUCACUCCUUGGUUGUUGUAUCACAGCAUCAGUCUGGUAGUGUUCCUGUGGGGGGCCUUGGAGUAGUGUUGUGGAGAAAUCAUUGCUUACUUUUCAAAAGCCUGGGUUCAAUGUGUGAAGCCAAUGCUUAGUUUCCCAUGCUUGGUUUCUCCAUGCUUGGUUUCUCUAUGCUUAGUUUAUCCAUGCCUAGUGUCUCCAUGCUUGGUUUCUCUAUGCUUGGUUUCUCUAUGCUUAGUUUAUCCAUGCCUGGUUUCUCCAUGCUUGGUUUAUCCAUGCCUAGUUUAUCCAUGCAUAGUUUAUCCAUGCCUAGUUUCUCCGUGCUUGGUUUCUCCAUGCUUGAUUUAUCCAUGCUUGGUUUUUCCAAGCUUCGUUUAUCCAUGCCUGGUUUCUCCAUGCCUGGUUUCUCCAUGCUUGGUUUCUCCAUGCUUGGUUUCUCAAUGCCUGGUUUCUCCAUGCUUGGUUUCUCCAUGCUUGGUUCCUCAAUGCUUGGUUCCUCAAUGCUUGGUUUCUCCAUGCCUGGUUUCUCCAUGCUUGGUUUCUCCAUGCUUGGUUCCUCAAUGCUUGGUUUCUCCAUGCCUGGUUUCUCCAUGCUUGGUUUCUCCAUCCCUGGUUUCUCCAUGCCUGGUUUCUCCAUGCCUGGUUCCUCAAUGCUUGGUUCCUCAAUGCUUGGUUUCUCCAUGCCUGGUUUCUCCAUGCUUGGUUUCUCCAUGCCUGGUUUCUCCAUGCUUGGUUUCUCCAUGCUUGGUUUCUCCAUGCCUGGUUUCUCCAUGCUUGGUUUCUCCAUGCUUGGUUUCUCGAUCCCUGGUUUCUCCAUGCUUGGUUUCUCUAUGCUUGGUUUCUCCAUGCUUGGUUUCUCCAUGCUUAGUUUCCCCAGGCUUGAUAUGAAUUGAACAAUGCUAAAACAGCACAACACCCUACUCAUUCUCUCACUCACUAGUUUCCCUGUGGUGGGAAUAGUCAAGAACAAUUCAUAGCAACAUACUUGGACAUGUAGGAACUGACCAUCAGGACAUCAUCAGACAUCAAAAGAAGGAGUUUAUUGAGAGUUUUCUGCAGCUACAUCGCUAUACAAAUAAAAUAUCCAUAUUUUCUCUCUGUGCAAAUUAACUGCUCAAAUAUUGUAGAUAGUAGGAGACAGGAAACACUGAGGACAAAACAUCUGUGUUAUUUACCCUUGAAAUUAAAGUGCGAAGUCUUCCUGUUCAACCCACUCCUAAAUACCAAUCAAAUACUUCAUGUACAUGUUUCACAUUCAAUAACUUUCUCUUGGAGAUUUUUGUAGAUAUGUUUUUUUACUGCGUAAAGGUGAUUGAGUGGUGCCGACAUCACCAGAGGCAAGUGCAAUCAAAUGUCAGAUUUCGGUGUUAGAUAAGUGCUUGGACGUUUUUAUAUGACGAAACAUACCAGUUACCUCAUUGAUGUUGCUAGUCUGUGAAGUAAUUUCCUGUUUGUAUUUUACAUAAGAAUAUUGCGUGUCUGUUCAUACUGAUCAAGAUGAUAAUUGUUAUACAUGAAAACAAAGAUUAGCCACUCUGGUUAUACCUAUGAUGAAAUUAACCAUUGCAGAGUUAUGCCCCUUCGGUGUGUCUGGAUCUUGGAUUUGAAACACAAAUUCUGGUUCGUCUGCAGGCAAUAUUACUGUUUUUGUGGAUCCAACCAAGGUGGUAUUUGUCUAUGAUCCUGUGAUGAGGACCCAAAUUUUCAGCAUCAUAACUACUUAAAGACUAUUUUCCUGAGAACUUUCCUUUCAUUAUGCAAUGGUAGUAUGUUGUGGUUUGUUGCCAUUUUACUGAUAAUCUGGGUGAGUUCAUAGCAUCAGCUUGCAUGAUGCAUUGUAGAAAUGAACCAUGUUUGUGCUGCAGACUAAAUUUUCUAAGUUUGUAUUUUGCGAUAAGUUUGAAUAGACAUAGGCAGUUUUAGAUCAGUUAGUCUUCUAUGCAUAGUUGUGUGGUAGCUAGUAUCUGUGAUAAUUCAGACAUGUUGACUGGCUCAGGGUGGCGCGGAGGCUUGGUUGUCGGCUGUUGUAGUGUUGCUAUGCUUGUCUUUGUGUUUCGUUGUAUUGCUUUUCACAAGAGCUUACUUUGCUUUCAGUAGAUCCAAACACUAGAAAAGAUUAUGCUGGUAAAAUUAUGAAAAUAUCAUGAAACAAGAUUUUGAAUUUGAUCAUUGGGGUGUUGCUGCCAAAUUCAUGAAAUGUUGGUUGCAAUAAUGUUUUACUUUUUGUAACAAUUUUUUAAGUAUGGUGAUUAAACAGGAAUAAUAAGUGUUUUUGAUGACACGUGCUGAAUUUACACAUCACUUUUCCAAGGUCAGCAUAUGUAAAAAAACAGAUAUUUUGGUGUUUUUUUAAAGAAAUAUUACGCUUGGUCCAUGACUGCAUUUAAACCACAUACACUUGUCUCUUGUUAUCCCAAUCACGAUGAACCCGACUUUGGUCAUGGAAUGAAGCCCCAGAUGCAUGUUCAUUGCAAUCCCUUGGGUGAUCUCAAAGCUGAGUUGUUCCUGCUUUGGAUAACAAUAGUCCGCUGUUUUAUAUGUAUAGAUACCUAGGAGGGGUUUGUCUAGGCUUGUUCAGAGGCUGCAGCAAAUAUCAUUAUGAAAUCCCAAAUUGGUAUUAAAACAUUCCCUGAUCAUGUGAAAUAUAGAAUGUUAUAUGAAAUGUGAUGGCUUGGUCAGGUCAACUAUUUCAUUGAUGUCAGGACCCAUAAUGAGAAGAGGCUUUAAUGCUUAGUAUUACAUUAUUGAAGUUAAUGUUAACAUACAUUUUUUUAAAAGAGGUAAGAAUUUGUAACUUUUAUAAAACUCAAUCUUGGACAAAAUAAAAAAAUCCUGAUUUUGCUUUUGAAGGGCUACUAUUUUGGAAUACUAGAUAAAUUCCUGACUAGAAAUCAAUACUUAUAUUAAUCUGUUUAAUGCUUAAAUGCUGCUGUAUGUAUAUUUACCGAGUAAGAAAGAAAUUGUUAAUAGGUAGUACACUGUUCUAAAAGCCUAUUGUGUAGCAGGUAGUAUCACCCAGUAUCUCAUCAUGCUGCAAGAUUAUGCUCUUUCAUGUGAACAAUUUCAAUAUUGUACAUUUCCUAAUGCUGUUUGUACAGUUUUGUUCUGAGUAGAAAUCAUCCUGAAUUCUUUUUCAGAAUAUCAACAUUUUGUAAAGACUUUUUCCUAUCAAUGAAUUUAUUAACUAUAUCAUGUAAUAAACAUUUACCAAAUUA